AUGUCUGUAUGGAAGUCAUCUUUUGACCUAGAACCGUUUGCUCAAGGAAGAUUCAGAUAUGCUUUUAAGGGGCACUAUACCCAGCAUCCUACUAAAUGUGGACAAAAUAUUGUUGUAAAAAAAUUCAAAGACAACUAUAUUUGGGAGCGAAAAGGUUGGGACUCCACCUUGAAGAUUUACUCUAAAGCUCAGGAAUAUGCCUUAGGAUUUGGAGGAGGAUUGGAAUUUACUGAAUAUGAACUUGGUACAGUUACUGAAGUUGGUGAUUGUACUAAAGUCAAGCUUGAUGAGUACACAGUAAAUGAAGAUUUUCUCGAAGGUGAAUUCAUCAAAUGGUGUAACAAUUAUGGGUAUGUGUCAGUUGAAGCUAGAGGAGUAGACUCCAUAUUGACAGCAUUCAUGCACUGGAGCUGGGUGAAAAGCAAAGGAGAAGAAAUGGUUGCUGAUAUACAAGGAGUGAAGAAUGGAAACCAUUAUAGAUUAACAGAUCCUGCUAUGAUCUCUGUUAAAAGGGAAUAUGGAGCAACUGAUACUGGGAUCGAAGCAAUGGCAAUGUUUUUCAUUACUCAUUCCUGCGUUGGCCCUUGUAAUGGUUUGCCUAAGCCAACAUUUGGCCAGUUUGUUGGUAGAAUACCUGAUGAAAUACUGCAAAGAGCUCUCAAUUUUCAGCAUUCGUCAGUAAGGGGAACUACUUAUUUUAACGAAUGUAAAUUUCCUGAGGCUGUUAGGGAUGCUAUUACUCCUAUCUUUUUAGCUAUUGCUCAAGGAAAAUAG